UCCAAACUUCCACGCACAUUCAUAAUACACUUCUCUACUUCACAUAGCAUUGCAAGCAAAACAGACUCUGUUUCUGUUUCACUAUAUAAACAACAUCACUGAGCAGAGUGCAUAUAAGUAAUUUCCAGUUUCCAGUUUCAAUCAUAAAAUGGGUGGCGUUUGGUUUAUACAAGCAGUGCUAUUACUGGCGGUCACCACCGCAGUACAGUCAUGUCCGCCGGCGGAGAGGGCGGCGCUGCUGCAGUUCAAGGCAGCCCUCCACGAAACUAAGUUUGAUAUCUUCAAGACAUGGACCGGCGCCGACUGCUGCAACAAGUGGUACGGCAUCAGCUGCGACAGAGGGACCCACCGCGUCGCCGACAUCAACCUCCGCGGCGAGUCGGAGGAGAAGAUGUUCGAGAAGGCAAACCAAACCGGCUACAUGACUGGCCGGAUCUCCCCGGCAAUCUGCAAGCUCCACCGCCUCUCCAGCCUCACAAUCGCCGAUUGGAAGGGAAUCUCCGGCGAGAUCCCCGGCUGCAUAACCUCACUCCCCUUCCUCCGGAUCGUCGACCUUGUCGGUAACCGCAUCAUCGGUAAAAUCCCCUCCGACAUCGGCCGGCUCCACCGCCUCACCGUCCUCAACGUCGCCGACAACGGCAUCUCCGGUGCAAUCCCAGCCUCCCUUACCGGCCUCCGGAGCCUCAUGCACCUCGACCUCCGCAACAACCGUCUCUCCGGGCCCAUCCCACGUGACUUUGGAUCACUCCGAAUGCUGAGUCGGGCCUUGCUGAGCGGUAACUCAAUUAGCGGGCCUAUCCCGAGCUCAAUUUCUCGUAUUUACCGUCUUGCGGACUUAGAUCUAUCUCGUAACCAAGUAUCUGGGCCGAUACCCGAAUCGCUCGGUAAAAUGGCGGUUCUUUAUACCCUCAAUUUGGACAUGAACAGGCUUUCCGGACACAUUCCGAAAAGUUUGUUCGUGUCUGGCAUAAGUGAUUUAAACAUCAGUCACAAUGCGUUGGAAGGUGCUAUCCCCGACGCGUUUGGUGAAAGGUCUUAUUUCACGGCUUUGGAUUUGUCUUAUAACAAUCUCAAAGGGGCAAUCCCAAAAUCUAUAUCCUCUGCUGCGUAUAUUGGACACUUGGAUUUGAGUCACAACCAUCUUUGUGGUGCCAUUCCAAUUGGAUCUCCGUUUGAUCAUUUGGAAGCUUCGUCCUUUGUUUACAACGAUUGCCUCUGUGGGAAGCCACUCAAAGCUUGCUAAUUAAGCUAAACUAAACAGAUUUCAUAUAAUAUGUAUACUAUGUGUAAUUUGUAAUAGGAAGAAGAAUCAUGUGUUUAUUAGAUAGUUUAAUUGGUUUCUUGCUUGAGUUUGUUAUCGUGAUCAUUAUAAAUAAAAUACAAGAUUGAGAUUGAA